GGAUUCGACUUCUUAGUCUAUUUCCUCUGAGAUGUUAAUCAACUCGCUCGAAUUAAACAGAAUGCGUCAUGUAGAGUCAUUCGUUUUUGCGGAAUUCUCAAAAAAGUGCGUCCUUCGCUAUAACUGACCAAUCUUUAUAAGUUCCGUUUUAAUAUGUUAUUACGAAGGGCAAGUUGUUUCAUUUUUAAAAGAUAUCCGUUGUGAUAUAUUAUUCUCGGAAGCUGCCUUCAUGAACAGUAGAGACGCGUAUUUUGCAAUCAACGGACGUGCGCGCCAUCAUAAGUUAUAAACGUAUACGUUCCAAUUGUCAAAAUAUCAUAGUUAAGUAAUAACGCAGUGGAUACAAUUUUUUUGCUUGUUUUUAUUGAAAGCGGAUACCCCUUAUAGAAAUGGUAGCACGACCGCGUUCGCCAGACGGCGCUCUGAUACCACACUUCUACGCUGGACGUCAAGUUCUUAUUACCGGUGCUACCGGCUUCAUGGGUAAGGUUCUAGUUGAAAGAUUACUGGCGACAUGUCCAGACAUAAGUCGACUGCAUCUCCUGUUGCGUCACAAGAAGGGUGUGACCCCGGAGAAACGCUUGCAGGAUCUGAAACAAUCUCAGGUAUUUGAUGUGAUUCGUCAGACCAGACCUGAGCAGUUGGAUAAGCUGAGCAUGAUCGCAGGAGAUGUCUCGCAACCCGGACUAGGACUAGCUCCCACUGCAAUGAGUCAACUACAACAGGUGUCGGUGGUGUUCCAUUCAGCGGCGACGUUGAAGUUUGACGAGCCGCUGCCAACAGCUGUACAACAAAACGUUCUCUCAGUGAUGCGUAUGAUGGAACUCUGCGAUAAACUACCUAACGUUGAGGUGUUCAUGCACGUAUCAACGGGCUACAGCAACUCUGAAAAAACACAUAUCGAAGAGAAAGUGUACGAACCACCUACGUCAAUUCAACAGCUGCUGGCCUUGCUUGAAGUAGUACCGCCAGAUCUAUUGCCGAAUAUUACUCAGCAGUACAUUUCCCCCAAAACCAAUACUUACACGUUCACGAAGGCGAUGGCUGAGGAGGCUGUGCGAGAGCACGGCUAUCAAAAAUACCCCAUUGCCAUCUUCCGUCCGACAAUAGUCGUUUCUUCGUAUCAGCACCCAUUCCCAGGUUGGAUAGAGAACCUAAACGGCCCGAGUGGUAUCAUAGCCGCUGCAGGGAAAGGUUUGCUCCAUGUGUUCUCCGUGAAGGACUCGGCAAGAGCCGACAUGCUGCCUGUCGACAUCGCCAUCGACACGCUGAUCGCUGCCGCUUGGGAGACGGCUAUUGACAAGUCAAAAGAAGUACGGGUAUACAACUGCAGCACGUACGAAAAUCCAACAACAUGGGGCAAUUUUGAAAAGGCGAUACGAGUCUACUUACCCCAAUAUCCACCAGAUGGCGCCUUUUGGUACCCUUCUGGCACGGGUGUCGAAGGCAGAUACACGCAGAAGAUCUUGGAAUUCGUUUUGCAGACCCUACCUCUACACGUAACAGAGUACAUAUUGCGCCUGUUUAGAAUUAAGACACAAGUAAACCUUAUAACAGCGAGUCAGAAAAUACGGGCUAUGAACGACGUUCUGAGAUUCUUCGCCCUUAACGAAUGGCGCUUCAGUACCGACAACGUACGUCGACUCAACGCUCGCAUGACGCCCGAAGACAGAGCUAUAUACAACUUGGACCCGAAGACUAUCGAUUGGCAGUAUCUCUUCAAAAACUUUGUCUUUGGUACCAGGAGGUAUAUAUUCAAAGAAAAGGAUCAAGAUUUGGAUGAUGCGAAACGCCAUUUACGCAGAAUGUACGUCCUUCACAAAGGAGCGAUAAUAUUCACAAUACUGCUGGUCUUGCGGCUUAUACUACAGAAUAGAUACAUGCGUGAUUUUGUAUACGGAACGUUAAGACUACUAAUGUAUAUUGUUAGUACAACGUACUCGCGUAUUACAGCGCGUGUAUGAAAUUAGACAAAAUAGUUACGAUUAGUUUUAAGUAUUGGGUAAUGCAAUCAGUGCCUUUGUUGUAUUGUUAAUAAGUUAUGUAAUAUGUUAAGUAUUUAAUUUGAUUUUGUUAAUAUUCAUUUUGCUUAAUUACGAAUGCCGCGUGAUCCUUCCUUCACCCAGUACCGUCAUGUAAGUGUAUUAAAAGGCGAUUAUGGUAAAUACCAGAAAGAUGUCAUGGCUUAUAACAGAUAGCAGUGUAAUACCAUCUCGUUAACAUCACACGUAAAACACCAGACCCACAAUGGGGAGCUGCAUCAAAGGUGAGAUGCAUAUGGUACUAUUAACACCAAUCCACUAGCCAAAAGCAAAGACUUAUGUGUACUACUAUACGCACAUUACGGUACAUUACUGUACUGUACAUUGCGCACUUAGCUACUUAGUAACGGUCAAUUCUGCGUAUUUUUUUUAGUUGAAAGCGAGAAGACUAAUUCUUUGUUUUGUAAGCCGCCAUGCUACUGACUUGACACUGGCAGAAUUCUAUCAAAAGAAGCCAUAAUUUAAAACAAGAAGAAGCCGCCAUGCUAGCACUUCUUGUUAGUUUGUGGUAAACCGCGUACGUUGUUUUCAAUUCUGCAUCAGACAAUCUAACGCUGAUUUUGUUUAAUGUGGCUAAGAUUACGUUGUUAUUAUUUAUGUGCACUUUGUCAACGUUAUUUGAAUUAUUUUUUCAGAUUAUUAUGUAACUUUAUUUCGUAUGUGCCUGAAAACUGUAACUGUUAAACUUGAAAACACUACUGCGUGGCAUAUUUACCGUGUCAGCUAAUUGGCCAGCCAGCGCCCGCAUCUUCUGAAUUGCCGGUCUAAUGCAGAGUCAGUAUACAAAGAAGUCUUUGACAAAAAUAGCGAUUAAGGUAUCUCAGGGGUGACAACGCAUGUGCAGCAUUCUUAAUUAGAUGUCCAUUGACUGCAGUGGCCACUUAGCAACAGGUGUACUGUAAAUUACUGUCACUUCAGUUUUAUAAAAAAAAUUAUAUACUUCUUAGAAUACAAGAGACCCAUGCAUAGCACCUGACAUAUUAGAGGAUGAUGAAGAAGAUAUUUAAUUAUGGGACCAACAGUUAUAAUGCUUACAUUAUAUUGGCUCUCGGGUAAUUUGGACCUUAUGACAGUGAACGCAACUAAAACAUAUGUUAAGGUAAAAUUACAAUCACUGCCCAUGGGUACAUCUUAUAUAAAGAUUAUAGGAAGACUAAUGUCAAACAAAACAAUUGAUAAAAAUGUCCAAUGUUUUAUAUUAGGUACAUAGGAUUAGCCAUACUGAUAAUAUUUGAUCAGAAAUUGAUAUUAUUAAUUUAAUUUUUACUAAGCGGGUAUGUACAUAUUUUUUUUUAUCAAUGCGCUCAUAAUAUUUUGAUUUUACGACAGGGUUAUUUUUCACUUAGUUAGUUUAAUAAUUACUGACUUGGACUAGAAACGUUAAGUAUUAUAUUAAUUUGUAUAAAUUAGACACAUUAACAAUAGUACAAUCGAUAACAAUUUUAUAUGUGAUUACAAGGGUACAUUUUAGUUAUCGUUGGGCGAGUCCGAGAUAUUUAAACAACGGAAAGAAUCACAGUAAGCCCCAGAGUAUUUGUGUAAUAUGCUGUAAGCCGACUUGCGUGUUGCGUAUUUGGUAUGUAGGCAUUUCAUCACACGCAUUGUGAAUUUGCGUGUAAAUUUUCAAAAGUAUUGUAGGACCUAAGACUUCUGGUAUAUUCUAGAUUCGAUAGUAAUAGUAUUUGUAUUUGUUUUUAAUAGUAUUUGUUUAUAGUAAUAGCAUUUGCACUCGUUAACGGCGACUGCUAUUCUUUCCUUUAGAUUUAGCAUCGGACUCACUCAACGGGCUAAGUUCGAGAUGUUGCAUUCGUAACCGUUAAGUAAGUCGACUAAGAAAACAUCAUCGAGGACCAUGGAAAUACACUUACAAUGAAACCAUCGACUUAAAACAUCUUGGAACCGCCCAUCGCUAUAAUUUUUAUCUGAUAGCUGACAACCACUCAAAUUAUAAAAAUUAGCAAAUCCGUCCGUCCAUCCGUCCAACACAGUCUAUAUAAAGUUAUUGAUGAGUGGUCGUUGGAGGAUUGAACUAGAUGUAGAGCCAGAAUUAUAAUGGUGCAAGAUAAAGUGAGUGCGAAGAAAUUAUCAAAAACAUUGUAUUUGAGAGCUCUGGAUUGUUUACGUAGUAUUUUUGCUGUUCUCUAUAUAGUCAGUCUGAGCUGCUGAUAGUAUGCGAGCUCUGUUAUUCGGUUAAAGCACGACGACAAGAAAUUUGAGGAUUAGAAAAAUCUAUUCCUCAAAUUUCUUGCAACCCAGUUAUCCUUUUAAUUAACUCCCUUUGCCAUCAUCGCCAUUCGCGAUUCGCAUAGGCUCCUUCUUCUUAACCAGUUUACAUAUUUAUAAUUUUUUAUUAUGGUUUACUUUUAUGAGGAUAAUGAUGUGUAUUUACAAAACUUCAUUGAAAUUAUAAACCCAGAUUUUUUAUACAAUAUACAUUUAUUGUUAUUAUAUUUGAUUUAUAAAUAUACAAUUUAUAAGUA